CUGUGCAGAUCAGUAACAGGUGAUCUGAUACCUGUCCUCACAUCAAGCACUGGAUCCAAGGAGAAAUGAAAGUGCAGCUAAAGUCACAGAAAUCUUGGAUUGAGGGCAUUUUCUACAAAAGAGAAUGUGCAAAGAUCAUACCAGCAUCAAGAGAUCCUCACAGAUGUCAUGGUGGAUGUCAAGUGUGUCACAACCUUAUCAGGUGUUGCUGUGGAAGAUUGAUUGGAGACCACCAUGAUUUAGAUUAUAGUUGGCCAAUUUAUCUUUCACCAAGGGAGUCAGAUAAUGAGGAAUGGUUAGUAGAGGAACAUACGAAAACAAGUCCCACAGAUGCCUUUGGCACCAUCAAUUUCCAAGAUGGUGAUCACACCUAUCAUGCAAAGUACAUAAGAGUAUCAUAUGAUACUAUGCUGGACCAGUUGAUGCAUCUGAUGAUAAAAGAAUGGCAGAUGGAACUUCCUAAACUUGUGAUCUCUGUUCAUGGGGGAAUUCAGAAUUUUAAGCUUCCUUCUAAAGUCAAACAGGUCUUCAGCAAAGGCUUGGUAAAGGCUGCAGAGACUACAGGGGCAUGGAUCAUUACAGAAGGCAUUAAUACCGGAGUCUCGAAACAUGUGGGGAAUGCUCUGAAAGGCCAUGCAUCUCAGCAUCUACGAAAGAUUUAUGCCAUUGGAAUUCCACCAUGGGGUGUUAUUGAGAACCAAAAGGAUUUGGUUGGCAAAGAUGUUGUGUGUCUCUACCAGACAUUGGGUAACCCACUCAGUAAGUUGACAAGCCUGAACAGCAUGCACUCCCAUUUCCUCCUGGCAGAUGAUGGCACAGUGGGAAAGUAUGGUAAUGAAAUGAAACUGAGGAGGAAUUUGGAAGUGUUCAUAUCACAACAGAAAAUACACACAAGAAUGGGUCAAGGAGUCCCAGUGGUAGGACUGAUCGUAGAAGGAGGUCCAAAUGUGAUCCUGAUGGUCUGGGAGUAUGUCAAAAGCACCCCACCAGUGCCUGUUGUUGUUUGUGAAGGAACAGGAAGAGCAGCUGACAUUUUGGCAUUUGCUCAUAAGCAUACAGCAGAUAAAAGGGAGAUCCGCCCACAACUAAAGGAGGAAAUCUUGCAAAUGAUUCAGAAAACCUUUAAUCUUGGACAUAAACAUUCUAACCAUGUGUUUUAUACGUUGAUGGAAUGUAUGGAGCACCGUGAAUCUAUAACAAUAUUUGAUGCAGAGUCUGAAGAACAGCAUGAUAUUGAUGUGGCGAUUUUGACUGCUCUAUUAAAAGGAACUAAUAUGUCUGCUCCAGAUCAGCUAAGUUUGGUGUUAGCAUGGAAUCGAGUGGAUAUUGCAAAAAAACACAUACUUGUGUAUGGACAGCACUGGAAGGUUGGAUCUUUGGAGCAAGCAAUGCAAGAUGCUUUAAUCAUGGAUCGUGUGGAUUUUGUGAAGCUCUUGAUUGAAUAUGGAGUAAAUAUGCAUCGAUUUUUGACCAUUAGUCGCUUAGAAGAACUUUACAAUACUAAGCAAGGACCAACUAAUCUACUCCUGCACCAUCUUGUCAGGGAUGUGAAACAGAGUAACCUCUCUCCGGACUAUAAAAUGUCACUAAUCGAUGUGGGUAUGGUAAUUGAAUCCUUAAUUGGAGGAGCUUAUCGAAGCAGCUAUACGAGGAAGAAUUUCCGUGCGCUAUACAAUAACCUUUACAGAAAGAACAAGAGAGCUACUCCAACAUCUUCAAACAGCUUAGCUCAGAAUUUGUCUCAUCUUUCCAUGAACCAGAACAGUCAGAUGAACAGCAAGCUCCCAUCACCGGAGAAUACCUUACAUUCUCAGUUCUUCCGUACAGCCCAGCCUUAUAAACGCAAGGAGAAGACAACAUGUGUUCAAAAAUCAAAGAAGAAGAACAAAGAUGAAGUUGCUGCCACCAUUGAGGAAAAUGAGUCUGUUGGCUUUAUCUAUCCUUACAAUGAUCUCCUAGUGUGGGCGGUAUUGAUGAAAAGGCAGAAGAUGGCCAUGUUUUUCUGGCAACAUGGAGAAGAAGCCAUGGUGAAAGCUGUAAUUGCGUGUAAACUGUAUCGUGCAAUGGGUCAUGAAGCAAAGCAAAGCAAUAUGGUGGAUGACACUUCAGAGGAACUAAAGAAGUAUUCUAAAGAGUUUGGUAAACUUGCUUUGGAUCUCCUGGAGAAUGCUUUCAAGCUGAACGAGCAAAUGGCCAUGAAACUGUUAACCUAUCAACUAAGCAAUUGGAGCAAUUCAACAUGCCUAAAACUAGCUGUGUCCUCAGCUUUACGGCCUUUUGUUUCGCAUACCUGCACACAGAUGUUACUGACAGACAUGUGGAUGGGGUGUCUGAAGAUGCGAAAAAAUUCCUGGCUCAAGGUUAUUCUGGGAAUUCUGCUGCCUCCGUUCAUCUUCAUGUUGGAAUUUAAGAGUAAAGCAGAGAUGUCUCAUGUGCCUCAAUCACAGGACUUCUAUCAAUUUACUCGACACUAUGUUGACCCGUCACCUCCAAUCACCAAAGCAGACCAGGCUGCAAAUUUUGAUGCAGAAAAAGGGGAGAGGAAAUCAAAUGAUGAUAAAAGCUUUUCCAUUAAUGAUCAAGGCAACCUUUCACUCACCAGGAAAAUCUCAGAAUUCUACAGUGCCCCUAUUGUCAAAUUCUGGUUCCAUACUAUGGCAUACUUGGUGUUUCUCAUGCUAUUCACAUACGUUGUCUUGGUAAAGAUGGAGCCAAGGCCCAGUGCUCUAGAGUGGGUGGUUAUCAUAUACAUGUUUACUAAUGCUAUUGAGAAAGUCAGGGAGAUAUUUAUGUCGGAGCCUGGAAAGUUCAGCCAAAAAAUCAAGGUGUGGAUAAGUGAAUACUGGAAUGUGACAGAUACUAUAGCCAUCAUCCUAUUUGUGGCAGGCUUUGGUUUGCGCUGGGCUGACCCUCCACUCCAAACAGCAGGCAGGCUCAUUUACUGUCUGGACAUAAUAUUUUGGUAUACACGCCUUCUCGAUUUCUUUGCAGUAAACCAGCAUGCCGGUCCAUACAUUACUAUGAUUGGAAAGAUGACAUCAAAUAUGUUUGGAAUAGUUGUUAUUAUGGCUAUUGUGAUAUUGGCAUUUGGAGUAGCUCGGAAAGCAAUUCUUUCUCCAAAUGAAUCUCCUUCAUGGACACUAGCUCGUGAUAUUGUGUUCCAACCAUACUGGAUGAUGUUUGGUGAAGUCUAUGCCUCAGAAAUAGAUGAUUGUGAAGAAAAUCCAGAUUGUCCUCCUGGUUCAUUCAUCACCCCAUUCCUUCAAGCUGUCUACCUCUUCAUUCAGUACAUCAUCAUGGUGAACCUGCUGAUUUCUCUCUUUAAUAAUGUGUACAUAGCGAUGAAAUCCAUCUCGCACAAGCUAUGGAAAUACAAUCGAUACCGCUACAUUAUGACAUAUUAUGAGAAGCCAUGGUUGCCACCACCUUUAAUAUUACUGAGCCACAUAUUCCUACUUAUCGAUAGCCUGUGUCACAAACAGUCAGUCAGUGAGUCUGAUCAGGAUGAAGGAGAUGCUGGAUUGAAACUUUACCUGAGCGAUGAUGAGUUACGAAAACUACAUGACUUUGAGGAGAAAUGUGUGGAGACAUAUUUUCAUGAAAAAAAUGAAAGCCUACAUUCCAGUGAUAGCGAAAGGAUACGCACAACAACCCAAAAAACUGAAGAGAUGUUUAUGCAACUUAAAGAACUCAAUGAGAAAGUGUUCUACAUCAAAGACUCUUUGAUUUCCUUGGACAGUCAAUUAGGACACCUACAGGACCUCUCAGCCUUGACUGUGGACACUUUGAAAGUGAUCUCAGCUGUGGACACUUUGCAAGUGGAAGAGGCUCUUAUGAAAGACCAAAGAAGCAUAUCGAGCAAAACAGUUCCACAUAGUUGGAGUAAUGUUACAUAUUCAAAGAACAACAGAGAGUAUAACUACUACAGCAUGCCACCUUCACUUUUAAGAACAUUGGCAAAGAAUCAGUGGCCUUCAAGCCAAGCAUGUACAAAUUUAGAACAUGGCAGAGCAGAAAAGCUGGAGUCGGAAAGUGAUACUGUUACUUCAGGGGUUUCAUCGGAAAGCAAAUCAACUCCUCGGUAUGGAAAUUUCCUACUUGUUCCUUCAAGUCCAGUGAGUUCACCUUGUUUUGAGGACCUAAACUUUGAACUACCCAGUACAAAUGAGAUUGAAAAAGAUGGAUCAGUUUUAAUGGAAGUGGCAAACAAAGAAAUUAGUUGUGCGAUACUAACUGAAAAAUGUUCAGAUGACCAUCCCCAAAAAGCCACACACAGCAGUCAAGAGACAAAUUACAUAGAUCCUCCUCCUGCAAAUACUGAUAAAAAUGAAACACAACAUGUUGAAGAAAAUGAGAUUAUCUCUCAUGAACUGUCAAAUGUCCCCACAGUUAUGACAGUACCAGACUGUAAUAGCAAUGAACCUGAGUGUGGUUAUGUGAAUUAUGCAUUUUCAGAAGAUGGAGAAAAUGACGUGUUUACAAGUGGAAAGAGUCAAGAACUUUGCACAGAUUCCAAACAUGGCAACAUUUGCAAAUGUUUUCACAACAGUCAAAAAAGGGUCCAGAUCAAUGAAUCAAAAUUAUCUGAAAAAUAUCAAAAUAGUGAUGACAGCUCAGAAUCUAGUUCAUAUCACCAACCAAGCACCUCAUUUUGGAUUAACCCUCUUUACAGGAACUGGAAUUUUCGUAUAGGAAGUUUUAAGGCUCGCAAAGAUAAGAAAGAUGCAAAAACAAUAAAAGAAUUUGCAAAACCUGAAAUCAAUCAAAUGACAUGGGCCAAAGAGAAAAUUUGUAGCACUUUUCGAAAGUCCUCAAAAUACAAGGAAAAACAUAUGCAGCUUCAAGUCCCGGUGAUUACAGUUGAUGGUUGCUCUCAGAGUACUCAGAUGAGCUCCGAACCAGCAGAAUGCAGCAGCUGCCCAUAUGAUGAGGAAGAAUCUAGCAAGAACAGGCUGACUGUAUCCAAUUUCAAUCAGCUAAGCCUGGAACACAUGAGUUAUGUACGAAAGCAAUUGAAAAACCAAGAAAUUGAAAGACACUUGGUUCAAACUAGUGAAUAUUUGAGGCAGUCCCAAGAGGAUCUGUACAACAGCACAACUCAACUGAGAAGGAGUUCUGUAUUCAGAAAUUCAGACACUGUGAAAAAAAUGUCUGCUUCAUUGAAAGCCUCUCAAGAUUUAAACAAUCAUUAUUCAGCUGUUGAAAGGAAUAAUUUAAUGAGGCUUGCACAGACCAUACCUUUUACACCUGUGCAUCUCUUCGCUGGCGAAGAAGUCACUGUGUAUCGCCUAGAAGAGAGUUCCCCUGCAAAUCUGGAUAAAAGUAUGUCUUCAUGGUCACAGAGAGGAAUGGCAGCCAUGCUUCAGGUUCUGUCUCCGGAAGAAAUGGAUGGGGGUCUCCGUAGAGCACUGAAAGUAGUCUGCAUGUGGUCGGAAUAUGAUGUUCUUGAUCCUGGAGAGGUCUUUAUUGUAAAAUCUUUCCUUCCUGAAGUGGUUCAGACAUGGCAGAAGAUUUUCCGUGGGGACACUGUAUUACAUCUUUGCCUCAGGGAAAUUCAGCAACAACGAGCUGCUCAGAAGCUGAUUUAUACCUUCAAUCAAGUGAAACCAAACAGUAUUCCUUACAAUCUAAGGUUUCUGGAAGUAUUCCUAAUCUAUUGCCAUUCUGCAAACCAGUGGCUUACCAUAGAGAAGUAUAUGACUGGGGAAUUUCGCAAGUACAACAACAACAAUGGAGAUGAAAUCACCCCAACCACUCUACUUGAGGAAACCCUGCUGUCCUUUUCUCACUGGACAUAUGAAUACACUCGGGGGGAACUACUUGUUCUGGACUUGCAAGGUGUUGGAGAGAAUCUUACGGAUCCAUCUGUUAUUAAACCAGAAGACAAGCAGUCAAGAGGCAUGGUCUUUGGCCCAGCUAAUUUAGGUGAAGAUGCACUUACAAACUAUGUUUCAAAACACCAGUGCAACUCCUGUUGCAGGAAACUUAAACUUCCUGAUUUAAAAAGAAAUGACUACUCACCUGGGAGGAUCAAUCUAGGGUUUGAAACUGGUGAAGCAGAUACAGACGAAGACCUUUUGGAAUAUAAUACAAGAUUGUAACACAACAUUGCAGUUGAAGUGGGAAAUAAGUACUAAAUCGAACACAAUAGCAUACACCAUGGUCCGCAUUUUACUUGGCUACCCCUGUGAACAGGAGGAAGUAAAAUAAUUCAUGGAACAUUGUUCAAAAGAAGCACCUUGGCAAAUUCUUGCCUGUUCUUACAGUUCUCUUUAUUGACCAGUUCCCCGCUUUCUUUACCUACUCAGAACCAUUCAUUACUCGU